CCGGCUCUCAACGCGCGCCCCUGUGCGCGCUCUCUGGUGCGUGCGUUUGGCCAUGGGACCUGCCGCCCGCUUGGGACGCGCAGUCCCCUUCGCCAGGGUCUCUCCCUGGCUCCUGCCCCUGACCUGCGUCCUUCUGAAGACGUUGCCCGCCGCCAGGGCUGCAGAUGCCCCGAAGCCCAACAUUCUGCUGAUUAUGGCCGACGACCUGGGCAUUGGGGACCUGGGUUGCUACGGAAACCGGACACUGAGGACGCCCAAUAUUGACCGGCUCGCCAAAGAAGGCGUGAGACUGACCCAACACUUGGCUGCUGCCCCGCUCUGCACCCCAAGCCGAGCCGCCUUCCUCACGGGGAGACACUCGUUCCGAUCGGGCAUGGACGCCAGCAACGGGUACCGCGCCCUGCAGUGGAACGCGGGCUCCGGGGGCCUCCCGCAGAACGAGACCACCUUUGCCAGACUCCUGAGGGAACAAGGCUAUGCCACGGGGAUCAUCGGGAAAUGGCACCAGGGCCUCAACUGCGCCCGGCGGGAUGACCACUGCCACCACCCGCUCCGACACGGGUUCGACUACUUCUACGGCAUGCCCUUCACGCUGGUCAACGACUGUCACCCUGCCCGGCCCCCCGAGGUGGACGCCAGGUUUCGCGCCCAGCUGUGGCUCUACACGCAGGCUGUCGCCCUGGCCAUGUUCUCCCUGGCGGCCAGCAGGGCUAGCGGCCUGCUGCCCGUGCCGUGGACGCUGGUGGCCGCCGCGGCCGGCCUGGGGCUGCUGUUCUUCGUGUCCUGGUACUCCAGCUUUGGGUUCGUACGUCGCUGGAACUGCAUCGUCAUGAGAGAUCACCAGGUCACUGAGCAGCCGAUGGAUCUAGAUGGAGCGGCCGGACGGAUGCUCCGGGAGGCCGUGUCCUUUAUUGACCGAAACCAGCAGCGCCCGUUCCUGCUCUUCCUAUCCCUGCUGCAUGUCCAUAUCCCGCUGCCCACCAUGCCCGCGUUUCGGGGACGGAGCCAGCACGGCCUGUACGGAGACAACGUGGAGGAGAUGGACUGGCUAGUGGGCGAGGCCGUGCGGGCCCUGGACGAGCGCGGCCUGAGGAACAGGACCCUGGUCUACUUCACGUCCGACCACGGCGGUCACCUGGAGGCCCAGGGCGAGGGCGGCCAGCUGGGCGGCUGGAACGGCAUCUACAGAGGCGGCAAAGGCAUGGGGGGCUGGGAAGGGGGCAUCCGCGUGCCCGGGAUAUUCCGCUGGCCGGGCGUGCUGCCCGCCGGCCGCGUGGUGUCCGCGCCCACCAGCCUCAUGGACGUCCUCCCCACCGCGGUGCAGCUGGCCGGCGGGCACUUGCCCCAGGACAGGGUCAUCGACGGCCGGAGCCUGGUGCCCCUGCUCCAAGGCGCCGUGACACACUCAGCCCACGAGUUCCUCUUCCACUACUGCGGGCAGCACCUCCACGCCGCGCGCUGGCACGAGAGGGACAGUGGAAAGUUGUGGAAAGUCCACUACGUGACCCCCCGGUUCCACCCAGACGGGGCAGGUGCGUGCUACGGCCGAGGGGUGUGUCCUUGCUCCGGGGACGGUGUCCGCCAUCACAGCCCACCCCUGCUCUUCGAGCUCAUCAGCGACCCGGCCGAGGCACAGCCCCUGACCGCAGCCACCGAGCCCCGAUUCCUCUCGGUGGUGGCCCGGCUGGCCCGGGCAGUGGCCGAGCACCGAAGGACCGCGAGUCCCGGGCCGCCCCAGUUUUCGCCGAGCAACAUCAUCUGGAAGCCGUGGUUGCAGCCGUGCUGUGGGACCUUCCCCUUCUGCUCCUGCCGUGAAGACACGGAGCCCCGGGAGGGACCGUCCACUCAGCUCCACCCCUAGAAGGACACGCCUCAGAGGCCCAGAGGGGACGCAGAAUGCAGGGGACGGUUGCACUCAGCCAGCAGGAGAGAGUGGACAGCCGGAGCAAGACGGUGGAAGGAGAGAUGGUCUGAUAGAUGAUGGGUGGAUGGAAGGAUAGACAUAUUGACCGGUGAUCGAUGGAUGGAAGGAUAGAUUAUUGAUGGCGGGUGGAUGUUUGGAAGGAUAGAUUAUUCGUAGAUAAUGGCUGGCUGGAAAGAUAUAUUGUUGAUGGAUUAUGGAUGAAUGGAAGGAUAGAUUAUUCAUAGAUGAUGGAUGGAUGGAAGGAUAGACAUAUUGAUCGGUGAUCGAUGGAUGGAAGGAUAGAUUAUUCAUGAUGGAUGGAUGUUUGGAAGGAUAGAUUAUUUGUAGAUAAUGGCUGGCUGGAAAGAUAUAUUGUUGAUAGAUUAUGGAUGAAUGGAAGGAUAGAUAUGUUGACUGGUGAUAGAUGGAAGGAUAGAUUACUGAUGAUGGAUGGAUGGUUGGAAGGAUAGAUUAUUGGCAGAUGAUGGAUGGCUGGAAAGAUAUAUUACUGAUAGAUCAUGGAUGAAUGGAAGGAUAGAUUGUUGAUAGGUGAUGGAUGGGAAUUUGGAUGGAAGGAUGGAUUAUUGGUAGAUGGUGGCUGGGUGUAAAGAUAUAUUGUUGACACAUUAUGGAUGAAUGGAAGGAGAGAUAUAUUGACCAGUGAUGCAUGGAUAGAAGGAUAGAUUAUUGAUGACGGAUGGAUGGUUGGAAGGAUAGAUUAUUGGUAGAUGAUGGCUGGCUGGAAAGAUUUAUUAUUGAUAGAUCAUGGAUGAAUGGAAGAAUAGAUUGUUGAUAGGUGAUGGAUGGGGAUUUUGGUGGAAGGAUAGAUUAUUGAUGAUGGAUAGAUGGAUAGAUUAUUCAUAGAUGAUGGAUGAUGGAAGAAUAGAUACACUUAUAGGUGAUGGGUGGAUAGAAGGAUAGAUUAUUGACAAAUGAUGGAUGGGUUUUUGUAUGGAAGAAUAGAUGUUUUGAUACAUCAUGGAUGCAUGGAAAGAUCGACAUAUUGAUAGAUGAUGCAUGGGAGGAUAGAUUCUUGAUAAAUGAUGGAUGGAUGGAAGAAUAGAUUGUUAGCAGAUGAUGGGUGGGUUUUUGUAUGGAUGGAUAGGUGUAUUGAUAGGUAAUGGAUGAUGGAAGGAUAAUCUAUCAAUAGAUGACAGAUGGAUGGAAGAACAGAUUAUUGAUAGACUAGGGAUGGAUGGAAAGAUAGAUUAGUGAUAAAUGAUGGAUGACUGGGAGGACAGAUAUAUUGAUAGAGGAUGCUCCCCCAAUAACCAAUAGAACCCAAAGUUCACAUGCAGAAGGGAAAUUUUUAACCAGACACAGAAGUCAACCUCAGGGUCCGUCCAGUGGUGUCAAGGGGUCGCCCCCUUUUCUCAAACCCCGGAAAAGGAGGUGAUGCUUGGAACACGGGGAGUCACCAGGGGCCGAGGGUUGCCAACAGCGACCCCCAAGUGUCUGUUGUGUCUGCAAAUAAAAUCAAU